AUGCUUCCAGAUCCUUAUUGGAAAGGGCCUCAUGGUCGUAAAAGAAAGUUCCGGACGGAGUUUGUGAAGGAAUAUCUGAGGACACUGAGCGUUGGCAGGACUUCUAUAAAAGGACGACUGGCUUUGAUAUUUACCAAACGGAUCAUCUAUCCAACGAUGAUGAAGUGCCUUUUAUUUCUUCUCUUCUCACUUGUUCUAGUGAGCGGAAAUGGAGAAGAUUGUCUAGAGCCAUUUGGAAAAACGGGACAUUGCAAGGCUUCUUUCAAAAGGUGGGGAUUUAAUCCAGAGACAAUCCGAUGUGAAGAAUUCAUCUACGGAGGCUGUGGUGGAAACAAAAACAACUUUUUAAGUUUAGAGGAGUGCAAGAUGGAAUGCAAACCAUGA